CCCGGAAGUGGAAAGAGCGCUCGGAAACGUCGCUGCCACCAUCUGAGGGUUGGGCGGAAGCAGAAAUGAUAAACCGGGAGGUUUCCGCGGGGCAGUGAGCGGAGGUGCGAUGCCGCUGGUGCUGUUGUGCGGAUUGCCGGGUAGCGGCAAGAGUCGGCGAGCCGAAGAGCUGCGCGCCGCUUUGGUCGCGGAAGGCGAGCGGCGCGUUUUCGUAGUGUCCGAAGCGGACGUGGCCGGAGGGGGCAGCGGCCGGGCUGCCUUGCGGGCGGCCGCCGAGCGUCUGCUGAGCCGGCGGGACGUAGUAAUCGUCGACGCGGGCAGCGAGUUGAAGAGCUUCCGCUACGAGCUGUACUGCCUCAGCAAGCACGCGGGGACCCCGCACUGCCUGGUGCUCUGCCCAGGAGGAGCCGCCCGCCCCGACCGCCCUCCUUUGGAGCCGCCGGACUCGCGCAAUCGCUGGGACUGGCCCCUCUUUCUGGCGCCCGAGGACCCCGCCGAGCCCCUGCAGCUGCCCGAGAUCCGCGCUGCCCUCUUGGAGCGGCGCCCGCCUCCCCCCAACCAGUCCACGCGCUCCCAGCCGCUCCAGGCCGCGGGCUUCCUCCACCAGCUCGACCGGCUGACCCAAGAGGUGCUGGCCGCCGUCAUGGCUGCUCAGAGGGACGGCGCCCAGGCCGGACAGUUCAUUCCGGUGGCGGUGGAUGGGCUAGCAGGAGGCGGCCGAGAGCCUCAGGGGUUGCUGCUGAGCAGGCCCGUCAGCUUGGCCGAGCUGAGCCGCCUGCGAAGGCAGUUCCUCAGUUACGCCAAGAUGCACCCGGGAGAAGGCAAAGAGAAUCUGCCCCAGCUGGGCAGCAUGUUUCUUCAGUACCUGAGUCAAAACCUGAAAUGAGAGCUGCACCUUCCUGGGAGUAGGUACUCUUGCUGGCCCCACUCCGUGUAUGGACGAUGGAGUCAGCCCAGAGUUGUCGUAAUAGGAGAUGGGUGGUGGAGAAAUACGAUAAAUAAAUAAAUACAUUUCAUUUAGAUACCCUUUGCUAUUUAAAUUUUGGACAGGAAUUCAGUAACUGUCGAAUCUAUAGACUGCUGUCAGAACUAUUUGGUGAAGACCAAUGGAGAAACUUUAAAAAUAAUGUUCUUCAGUGCAUGACUAUUUACAUUUGAGUUGCCGUUGUCAUAAUUUUAUUGUUAUACUUUGCCUUGUUUAAAGGAGUUAAUUCGUAGAUUCAACAUUCAUGGACAAUCCUAUGAGGUAAACUUGGCAGAAAUACAGUGACUGCAUUGUAGUUAGUAAAUUCAGCAUUCUAACCAAAGAUUCAGUGCAAUCCUAAAAAGUGUGCUUUAUCAAAUACAUUAUCAAAUACAUUUGGACUUAAUAUGACUAAGAAAAGUUUGCAUGAAGGCCAUUUCAUUGUGA